CACCAUCGUCAGUGGCCGAUGAGAAACUCGAAGAAAGUAGACGGUGAAACGGGUAUGCUACUAGGGAGUAAACCAUACCCUAUUCUGAAUGAGAACUCUUUGCUAACUGUACAUGGAAUGAAUACUGAUGGAUGGGUCUAUAGAAUAGUUGACUAUCGUGUAUUUCAAGGUUAG